CCACACCAUACGUAAUUGUGCACGUGUUCCACUGUACGCUCGCGGCCAUGAUUGGGAAAAUGGCGGAGGAAAAAGAACUCGAUGAAAAGACGGGCAGUGGCGAUUCAGAAGAAGAUCAAGACGACGAAGAGGUUGAAGCUAACGGAAAAGAUGAUUUCGAUGAAGACGAUCCGGAGUUUGAUGAUCCAGAAGGCUUUGUGGAUGAAGUAACAGAUGAAGGUAAAUUCUAAGUUUCAACUCUUCUGGCUUCGAAAGGAUUUCAAUUCACAACUUUCCCGAUAUUCAGUUACAUACCUAGAUUUUGGAAUUUUUGAGUCGAAGAAUUAUUUCCGAGGGACGAAAAUUUGAGAUCACCCCAAGUCUUGUGUUUUCACCACUUAGUACCCCUCGUGGUAAAAACUAAUUUCUACAAUAGGCCGGCAUGUACUUCUCCUCAAUGAAAUGUAAGCUUCGGUAAUAAAUUCUGCCGGUACAUACAACGAACGUCGUAAACUCCUUUUUCGGCCACAAUCAGGGGAUUCCUUCUCCCUUUUAUUUGUUCUUGAACUAUGAAUGAUUUUUCAAUGUAAUUAUGUCCUCUUACACGAAUAGAUUUUCAGCAACUGUUCACUUUGGCGAAAGAGUGCAUGCAAUAUUCAGGGCUUUAAACGUUUUUCGAACAUAGCUUUAGACCAACAAAUAGCGGUCGUCUUGGUUUUCUCUCCUUGACAACAUAAUUUGUAGGUUGAAAUUCAGCAAUUUUCCCCCUAUUUCUAUUAUUGAAAAUGGGUGGGUGCUGCAAAGGAAGUUUACAUUACCAAUCUAUAUCACACCGUCCAAUACCGUUGUCCCAAGUAACUUUUUACAGGGAUUAUUUCAUGUUUUACACUGGAGACUCCACAUUUUGGAUUUCAUUGCAAAAACGAGAAUGUACUUUUUUAUCUACUUGUUUUUAACUGGUAAAACUGGAAGUUUUCAGCGAUUUCAUUAUAUAUGAAGGAUUGAUUGCACCAACUGGUCUUAUAUUAUAUUUCCUUUGUUCUCUUUUUUAAUUUUCAUAGUAAAAUUGCGAGGUAAAACAAAUAAAGCGUUUAAACGGUGAAUAAACUGGGAACCCAUAGUAACCCUUCAACUGCGAUAGAUCUGAAAAAAAAAAAAAAUGAAAAAGAUUUGCAUAUUUUUUUUAGGGUUUCAUUGUGCUCUGCCUUCUUUCAAUAAGAAACAGAUGUACUUACUUAAAAAGCAAGGAGACUGGUUGUCAGUAAAUGUUCUUAAGGGCAUUUUUUUGUUGUUGUCUUCUCAAUGAAUCAGCUUGCCGUUGAGUAGGUUUACAGAUUUGAAUCUAAGUUUUGUACGUCUUGAUUAACCACAGAUCCUGCAAUGAAUAGACAGGAAGUACAGUUGUGUCCGGGAAUUGAAUCAAGGAAAUGUCCAAUAAAACUAAGAAGAUUUUAGAAGCGAUUUAAUGAAGAAUAGAUCCUACUUCACAACAUGUAACUUAAAAUUUUUCCUCAAAUACAGAACUCUUGGGAGAUAUCUUGGCAGAGAAACCCAAAGAAGUCCAAGGGACUGAUUCCAUCAUUGUUGUUGACAAUGUGCCUGCCAUCCCGCCAGAUAGACUCGAAAAGUUAAAGAAUGUGAUCCGUAAAGUAUUUUCAAAGUUUGGAAAGAUCAUUACUGAGCAUUAUCCAUUGGAUGAUAAUGGAAUGACAAAAGGGUAUGAGUGUUGAACCAUUCUUGAUCGAUCAUUUCAAGAAUGUAGCUAUUUCAUCUUUUUUAUUUUUUAAUACUCUGCAAUUUUCAGGUAUAUUUUCUUGGAAUUCUCUAAUGCUAAAGAUGCAGCACAAGCUGUGAAGACAGCUAAUGGUUACAAGCUAGACAAACAUCACAUAUUUGCUGUUAAUCAUUUUGAGGACUUUGACAAGUAAGUCUGUCAUCCAGGAGGAGUUUUAAUGACAAGUUGUUUUGACACAUUGUGUUCAGGUUGUACUGAGUUAUCAUGAGUGAAAGUAACAGGAGAUGACAUCAAUUAUUUCUAGGUUGGUUAGCCUGACAAAGGACUGGCAAGCUCCAACAAAACAACCUUAUGUUCAGCAGGUGAGUGAAAAUUGAAUUAGAGGUACAGAGAGAUGUAAGCAAUUUGAUGGUAAAUUAACCCUUACAUGACUUGCAUGGUUGCAUGGUGCAUUCAGCUAUGCUUUGUGGGGUAAAAAGAGUUUUGAGCUCGUUCUGACAGCCUACAGGUGGGUUAAUUCAGACCAGGUUUCUCAAACUCCUUAGGAUUGAAACUGAGUAUUAUAUAUUUACUUAAUUUUGUAAUUUUAAAUGUGGCAAAUGAUGAAGUUCUCCUUAUGCCAGUUCUGCUACUGAAUUGAAGUGCUGAGAACUGGGAGAGAAUCAAACUGAUGCUUGAUCAUAUCUGUUAUUACUUCAAGUCAUUCAUAGACACAGAUCUGCUGCAGUUUUAAUCUAGGCUCUUCCAAUCAUUUUGUCUCACCACAUCCACAUCACAAUUAUUCCUACCUGUUUAAAAAGUUAACAGAACAAGCAAACAUGAAACAGAAGCAAUGGAAAAGGUUCAUGGUUACCUUCAUGUUUUCAGGAAAAUUUGAGAUCUUGGCUUUUGGAUCAGGAUUGUAAUGAUCAAUAUUCUUUGAUUCAUGGAGGAGGAGAUAAAGUUGCAAUCAUGUGGAAUACCCAACAGGAACCAAUUCUAUCAAAAGAGAGACUGGUAAGCCAGCACGAGUGUCAAAAAAAGUCAGUUUACAAGCCUUACAUCCACUCUGCCAGAGCUUAUUCCAUUUCCUUAGCUCAAAGAGACCAGGAGUAUUAAUACAUGUACCUCAUGGAUAUGAACCCAACUCAUUGCAGGUUCUCUCUCCACAUUUCUUCAAGUUUCAAUGAAAAUUCACCACUGGCCAUUUAUAACCCUCAGUAAAGAGAUGCACUGUGAUGUGAAUAUUCUUGUGUCUAAGGACACAAACACAUUAAUGAAUAAAGAAUAUGUUAGGGAAUUGCACUUGCACUGAUUGAUAAAGAAAGAAACCUUGCAAGCUAAGAGUUGGUAAGGUAGACUAACAUCAAAGAGAGAAGAAACAAGCAUUACAUAAUUUACCACAAUUGGCAGUGAUGUUGUAAUCUGAUUGGCCAGUUUGGCCAACUCCCUGUUAAAAUUCCAAAUACAUUUAGAUUUGCUGUGUAGAAGUUAAUUAAUGUUUGUCCUCUGAUUACGGUUCAUUUCCAAUUCUCUCGCUUAUUCCUUCAGAACUGGACUGAAACAUAUGUACGCUGGUCACCCAAAGGCACAUAUUUAGCAACUCUCCAUCACCAAGGUAUUGCUCUCUGGGGUGGAGAAGAAUUCAAAAGGCUGAUGAGGUUCAGUCAUCCAGGAGUCCAGCUCAUAGAUUUCUCGCCCUGUGAAAGGUGCAUGUUGUUUGCAUACCUAUUAAUCAUGAUUGUUAUUAUUAUUUUUAUUAUUAUUUUAGUUAAACAGUCAAAUACUGUAUAAACCAAGUUUAUUUGUUAGUUUUGUAGCAUUGCUGUUUCAGAAAUUCCACUUCAGAUGUACACGUAUGCUAGAUUGUAGCCUCAAAUUGUCUAUGACACUUUUGGUUGUUGGGAAAUUAUUUCCUGUCACAGUAAUGCUGCAUGAGUGGGUCCCAAGUUAUCUUCAAUUUUCCAACUUCCUCAUGAUUAGAUAAGGCUACAUGAGUGCAAAGGUGGAAAAAGUCCUUUAUAACUUAACUUAACCAUAUGGAUAUGAUUUAACAUGGUUUCCUGAGGAUCUUCUUAACUUUUUAAGACAGAAGUCACGUUGGUGGCCAAGAAGGUGGAGUGGAAUAAAUUACCUGAAUUACCCUGAAUUAAUGUUCUUUACACAUAUUUCACAUCUCAAAGUAGUUUGACACUGUCUCAUGUAUGUUAGCAUUGAUAGCCAGGUUCUGGCUCUGACUCAGAAGCUAGAUAAAGUAGGUGAAACCUUAUUGUUUAUUUUUUCUUUCUUGUGCAGAUAUUUGGUGACCUUUAGUUCUCUAGUAGACAAUCCUGAAGAUCCACAGGUAUUACAGCACUUUGGAGUUUUUCAUUUUCACAAAAUUUUCCACAUCAGUCCUGUUCCAUUUAAACCUUGCAUGUUCUGUUCAGUUAGUGUCUGGAGAAAUCAUGCAUGGCAACAAAUCUUGCUAUGUUCUCAAGGGAGACUUGUCAAUUUGUAAUAGUUUUUAUUAUUGAUUUAUUGUGAUUAAUAAAUUAUUUGGUUGAUUUCAAUAAGAUCAAAUCAAUUAUUCUUCUCUCCAGUUCUACACAUUUUAGUGUAUGUCAUCAUGAUACUUAAUAUUUUCUCCCUCUCAGGCCAUAGUAAUUUGGGACAUACGAACAGGAACAAAAAAGAGAGGGUUUAUUUGCGGAGAUCAAUCUCAGUGGCCAGUGUUUAGGUAAGGUCUUUUCAUUUGUAGUAGCAAUGAGAACAGAUUGUAAGCUGCAGUUGUAAAUUUGAGAAGAGUUUAUAUGUAUUGUUGUUAUGCUUUGUUUCUAUAGAUGGAGUGCCCAGGGUAAAUUUUUUGGUCGUUUAGGAGAGGACAGCAUUAGUAUAUAUGAGACACCGGUGAGUUGUCACACAGUAUAUUCUCCCAAAAAUUGCUCUCUAUGUGGAAACAUUUUCCUCUCACUUCUGAUGGGAAGUUUUCAUUUUGAAAUAAUUAUCGUGGCGAGAGAAAAGUGUUAAGUAACAGGUGAAUACUGUCCAUGUCUGACUUCACCCUCUACAUCAUUACAAUAGUAGUCAUAUUCUCCUCACUGUUCUCUCUACAUUUUGUAUUGUAUUGACAAGGAGAAUUUGUGUGACAAUCAGGAGGUUCUUGAUUUGGUGAUCAUUUUCUUUUUUCCUCAUGACCUUUACAUUUGAUUUGACGAGAAGUAAGAUGCUAGUCACUCUAAGGGGUUACAGAUUUGCUGGAUAACUUUUUGCAGUAUCAGAAGAAAUCACACCUUGACCAUGUGUUAUGAACACUUUGACAGUUUAUCAUUUUCAUAUAACUUCCAUACAAGAAUAGCAAUGAAAUAAGAUGAUGGAUGUGUAUGUCAUUGUUUGUUUUUAUUUUACUUUUUUGCAGUCUUUUGGUCUUCUAGAGAAGAAAAGCUUAAAGAUUCUAGGUGUCAGGUAAAUAUUUAACAGUAAAUGACCUCACAUGUAUGUCAUUCUUAAAGACAAGACUCUAAGGCAUAGGUUUAAACACUUUUUGCUUUUGUGCUUCACAGGGAGUUUGCAUGGUCUCCAACAGAUGAAGUGAUAGCAUUUUGGGUUCCUGAAAAUAAAGACACACCAGCUCGUGUUACCCUCAUGGAGAUACCUAGCAGAAAAGAAAUCCGAGUUAAAAAUCUUUUCAAUGUGUCUGAGGUAAUGAUAAUGCAAUUGACUUUACUUGGUCAAAUGGUGAACAAUGCUCAUUGAGCAAAUUUGCUAUUAAGUGUCUACAUGUAUUUGGGAUUGCAGUGGUUUUUUGUCAAUGUGUAAUGUCAUUGGUGUGACACUUAACCCUUUACACCCUAACAUCAGUAUGCAUAUUCUCCAUACUGUUCUCUUUACAUUUCCUAAUGUGAUGAAAAGGAGAAUUUGUUUAACAAUCAAGAGGUUCUUCAGUUGAUUAUCAUUUCGUUUAUUCUCAUGACCUAAAUGUUUGAUUCAGGGGUGAUAAUGAAAGGAGAAAUUAGAUACUGGUCACUCUCAGGGAUUAAGGGAUUAAGGCAACUGUGAGAUUAAAAAUAUUCUCUAGCUUUUCUUAAUUGAUUUAAAAGAUAUGCGUUAUAUUUGGCCACUCUGAUGCCUUAGGUAACCAAGUGUGACAAUUAUAAUAUUCCAAUAAAACAACACAAAUGAUGAAGUUCUCCUUAUGCCAGUUCUGCUACUGAAUGGAAGUGCUGAGAACUGGGAGAGAAUCAAACUGAUGGUCAAAACAUGAAGUGGUUUGACGUAAACAGAUAUUAAUGUAGUGAAAAUUUGUAUGAACAGUAUUUUUAAUUUAUUUUGAUUUCAGUGCAAAAUGUACUGGCAAGAGAAAGGAGACUAUCUUGGUGUGAAGGUAGAUAGGUACACCAAAAGUAAAAAGGUCAGUACAUGUACAUGUAACUUUAUUUUGAUUAAAUGUACCUCCAGGCCAAGCAACCUUGGUGUUGAAUAUUCACUGACAUGUGCAGUAUAUUCUGUGGUUGUUUUUUGAUAUGGGGGUUGCUUUCCUUUGACCCAUAGUGAGUGUGUGGUUUUAAACCAUUUAACUCCAAGAACUGAUCAGUAAUUCUCCCCUCUAGCUGUUUAACACUUCCUGUUAAAUUUGUUUUGAGAAACUGGUGUUAGAUCAAGAUUAAAAAUUGUACCAGAUAAGUUUAAAUAUGCUUAUUACCUGUUUGCUGGAUAUUGUAUGGAUAUUAUAGUGAGAAGUUGCACACUAAUCACAUCUGGGAGUUGAAUGGUCGGGAUACUUUCUCACAUUAGCUGCUAUAUCUUUUUACAGGGGCUGUAUUACAACCUUGAGCUUUUCCGUGUGCGAGAGCGGCAGAUUCCAGUUGAUGUUGUGGAAAUGAAAGGUAGGUUAAAACUUAAAGCUAAUCUUUUAUGUCUGCACCAGCUUAGAAAAUUCUGGCUCACUUUGACCUCUAUACCUUAACAUCAAUGUGUGUAUUCUCCCUACUGUUCACUAUAAAUUUCUGAAAGGGGUUGAAAAGAGAAUUUGUAUUUAAAUUUGUGGAAGCAGUCAAGAACUUCUUUAAUUGGUGAUCAUUUCCUUUAUUCUCUUUACCUUAAUGUGUGAUUCAGGCUUGACAUUGUAAGGAGAAAUUAGAUGCAAGUCAUUCUUAAGGUCAUAGUCAAAAGACUGAAAAAGCACGUCUUGCUAAUUACAUGCACUUGACUGGUUGUCUUGAAUUUGUUCUGUUUACAGAGGCUGUUACUGCUUUUUCGUGGGAACCAGGCGGCAGUAAAUUUGCCAUAAUCCAUGGUGAGAGUCCCAGAAUAUCAGCCAGCUUUUACAACAUGGAGAAACAAGGCAGUGUUUCGCUUCUAAGUAAGUACACACUUGGUAUUUCAUUGUGAAAAUCAGCAACUACUGUACUGUUGAUUUUGGUUGGGAACUAUGAUUGAUAUCAUCAAAAAGAAUUGAAGUAUCAUCAUUAACAGAAUUUGAUAUGAUCCACUAUUUAUACCAAUAUGUCAUCUUAAAAAGAUCAAUAAUGUGAAAGUUGUAAGACCACAUUAUAUAGUCUUUCUCGCAUGUAAUUAUGAUGACUUAGAUGAUUUCGUUGCAUGACAAUCUAUGUUUCCUGAAAAUGUAAAGAUUAUUGAUCAUGUUGUGUGAUUGUCCAGGUGAGAGUAGUUCUGAGAAUGGCAGCCAUUCUUUGUUGUUUUGAUAGUUGUGACUGAUUAGCACAGGUCACUAUCAGAGUCAAGUGAGGAGUUUUUAUCGGUUGAGUGUUUAUAACGUGACUCCUCUGGUACAAUAGCUUCAAAUGAAAGUUAUGACAUAGAACAAAGCAAAUGAUGAAAUUCUCCUUAUGCCAGUUCUGCUACUGAACUGAAGUGCUGAGAACUGGGAGAGAAUCCAGCUGAUGCUCAGUGCUGUGUCUAAUUUCAAAAAGGAUAAUGAUUCCCUCUGAGGUACAUGCAUUUAUUGCUUGUGUUGAAAUUAUUUGAUUUUUUUCUUUUUUUUUUGUAUACAGAAACAUUUGAUAAGAAGCAAGUAAACAGUAUAUUUUGGUCACCAAAUGGACAAUUUUGUAUUCUUGCUGGUCUUAGAAAGUAAGUACUAUAUGGCUUAUACCUGGAAGAACCCUUUGAAGGGCUGGAAGGGGUGGUUGACUCUUUUGGGGGUGGGUGGGGGUGAUUGACACCUUUGGGGGUGGGUGGAAGUUAUUAAAGCCUUUGGGGGUGGGGUGAGUGAGGAUGAUUGACAAGCUUCUUUUAUCCUUGCCACUUUCAGAAUGAAAUGACUUUUGUCCAAUCUAUUUUGUAUCUGGAACACAGAUAGGCAAAUAGAAUUUUUAUGUUUUCUGAAAGUAUGCUGUAUUAUACUCGAGUUUAUUAUCAAGUUGUUGUGUUCAAAAUCUUACAAAUUUCAGACUAAAAGUGGGGUCAAAACCUUACUGUCUGGAGCCCAUGAAUCUACAUAAGACUAAAUAGAGGAAUACCCUGGUGGGUGUAAGGUUACAAAAGGGUUAGAUGCCAGUACUUUUGAUGGAAGGGUGUCUUGAACUUUCAUGGGCAGAUAACUCAUAGGGCAUUCUAAGGACAUAUCUCCCCCCCAAAAUGGUGAAAAUUAAAAUGACAUAGCCAAACACCAACCCUUCUCAAGGAUAUUUCAUGCAGAGGAACUGAUUACUGAGUAAACUUACAUACACUGACCUCAAGGAGCAAAAUGCAUCAUGUGACACCCUCUGUACACAUUACUCUGUUAGUGGACCUCAGUUCUGAAAUUGCAUUGUCAAACUUGUGUAAUUCUUGUUAUCCUCAGCAUGAACGGUGUUUUAGAAUUUUAUGACACUUCUGAUGUAGUCUGCAUGAACCAGGCAGAGCACUUUAUGGCCACUGAUGUUGAAUGGGAUCCUACUGGCAGAUAUGUGGCCACAUCAGUCAGCUGGUGGGCUCAUAAGGUAAGCACAACAUUCCAUUUUGAGUGUGCAUCAGAGCAAAGCUUCUUCAAUGGAGAACACAAAGUUUCUCAAGACCCUAAGACCUGAAAUCCUAGUUUAACUUCACUAAGAAAACCUGUGCGUUGUGUAAUCAGGAUGAGACUCAACAGUAAAACAGCAAGACAACCUCCUAAGUAAAUAACACCACUUACACUGAUUAGUUGUGUUGGUGGUUUUGUUUUCAAUAGGAGGAAUAUAAAUGUAAGCGUGGUCUUCAGUGCCAGCUUUGCGAAGUAGGCUGACACUUAUGUUAAGGUUUCCAACACAAUUGAACAGUCAGAGUGACUGUCAUCAUUUUUUUCAUUUGAUACUGUUAGAUUUUUUAGUGAAUAUGUGAUGCAAGAGAGUUUGUAAAUUAAUUUUCUGAUUUUUUUAGUUGUCUAAGAAAAAUUAUAAUGUUGUUCAGUACAAAGGUUUUUACAAAGUUUUCGCCUCCAUAAGAUCCUUAGUUUUAGGAAGAUGAUAGAGCGGUUUUUAGAUGACUUUCGAAGAACGAAAACCAAAGUAAUUACAAUAGCCAAUGAGAGCGAGGGUAGACAUCAUUGUCAGCCAGUGAGAACGCAAAGUAAAAGCUGGCAAAGUGCAUGAAACGCAGGUGAUCAAAUAACGGUUGGUUUAAAUCUGAUCUGUUGAGAAAGUGCUGCAAGAUUUUUGGGCCAAUCACAGAGCAAAGUUACGCAAAACCAAAGCAGUCAUGGAGUAUUUUCGACACUAGGCUGCGCCAUUCUUCUGUCACUGACACAAGUCUACCAUAAUCAUCGAAAAGGUGUCGAAUUUAUGAAGCUCUGAUUAAUUAGUGCUUCGAAUGUUCUGCCAUUGUGCUGCAACAGACUUGAAGCAGCUGGGCCAUUUUGUUGUAAUUUGGGUGAUAUACAUUUUUCACUUGAGAUUUAAAAUUUGAAAAAGAGCUCUUCUGCACUGUGUCGUUGCAAGGUGUUAGAGACGAGUGGUACGUAAACGAUGUCCUUCCGCAUUUGUUAUCGUUGUAUGUAAUGUUUUGCCAUUUGUAUCUUCCCUGUAGGUAGAUAAUGGUUACUAUAUCUGGUCAUUCCAAGGCAAGCUUCUUCAACGUCACGCUUUAGAUCAGUUUUGUCAACUUCAGUGGAGGCCCAGACCUCCUAGUCUGCUCUCAGAGGACGAUAUGAAGGUAGAAGGGCCUGGGGGCCAAUCUUUAUACCUUGUGUUUGUAACGAAAACUUUGUUGCCUUCAUGUAAAAGUAAACUUUUAGGGUCCAUUUUCUGAAUAAGCUAGAACAAAGACAUAGACUCUGUUCCUUGUUGAAAGUCUUCUCGUGUCCCCUUGAGCCGCAAUCCUUUUGGUUAGCGCCAUGGAUCAAGGGCUCAGGCGGAGUUCUUAUUUUCCUGGCUUUUGAUUGGCCGAUAGUUUCAAAACUGAUGUCCCUAGGUUUUUCCUUAGUAAUUACCAAUAGGUUGAUUUUUUUUUGGUGACACACGAAUUAUUUUCUCUUGCAGAAUAUCAAGAAAGACAUCAAGAAGUUCCAGCGCAUGUUUGAGAUCAAGGAUCGAAUGAGCCAGUCACGAGCUUCUAAGGUGAGGAACAGCUUCUGUGAACGGUGACGGAUUGCUGUUAUUCAUACAUCAUUCAGUUUGUUUUUUUUUUUCCUUCUGAAAUGUAGCCUAUUUCAGGCCCUCAAUUGUGUUUCAGGGUUCUGCUUCUUUAGCGACUGUGUGUUGUGUUUGCCUUUUGCUAUCCUUUUGUCAUCCUUUUUCCUAAGGCUCUUGAGUUUCUUUCGCUUUUGGAACAGUGUUGAAGGAAAGGAAACUGAUAUUUAUUAGCUCACAAAAAGUAUAGCCAAUUAUUAAUUAAACAAAUACAUAAGGUGCAGGUACUCUCGCGCCGCUAAUAGCAGAAAAGGCUAAUCGAGGCGGUGAAGAGAUGAUAUUCAUUUGCAGAAAGGAAAGUUAAAAAGAGAAAAGAUUACCGAAACUAGAUGCUCAGCGAACAAUCAUUUACAGUUAAUAUAAAAGAAAAUGGAUUAAAAACAAACUAAAAUUUUAUUGCUUAUUUGCUCAAUCUUCUUACCGAGUUUGGAUUUGUCAAGAAAUUUAAUACAGUACAAAAAAAGCGUUCCAUUUCGAUACACAAAUAAUUUUUGCAAACUAUUUCUGCAUUCGUGUUCAAUAACUGCGAAUCACUUUUACUCAAGUUACCAUAGUCAAAAAUUUCUAAAGACAGAAACCUCCUUCUUGGCAUCGCUGCAUGACAUCUCAAUGUCGGUUGCAAACGGUGUAUGUGUGGAGGAAGAGUAGAACGCGAGGUUCGUCUUCGGGGCUAAUGCUGCGGGAUGCCGCGUGAUGCUUAAGCCCAUCCUUAAUUCCCCGUGACAGCUUUUAAGAUUUUUCGCUAAAUGCAUCCUAAGCUUCCCACCCCUCUCCCAGCUACGCCCUUCAACCCUUAGAUAAAUUUCUUGUGCCUCAAUUAAACUCAUCGCGUCAUCUUUGCUUGUUUUCUUCCAGGAGUUAAUUGAAAGGCGGCGGCGAAAGAUGAAAGACUUUCAGGGCUACAGGCAAAAGAAAAACAACGAGUUUGCACAGCAGAAGGUGCAGCGCUUGGAGUUGCGCAACGGUAAGGAACAGAUGAGGACCUUAAGAUUGACAAACCCUGCUGAAUUCAUACAGCUUUUCCUGGGUACAACCUUUCCCGCUUGAGUGUUCCUGGGAAAGACGCUUUGUUCUCACAGUGCUUCUUUUCACUCGAGAAGCUCGACGUAUUCCUUGCCCGAGUUUGACUUCGAUGGCUUAUUAUCCCACAAUUAUUAGAAUUGACAAGAUUGAAAAAAAUAGCUUAUGACGGGCUUAAAAUAAUGUGGGCUAAACUGUUCGUGAUUCUCGAACCGCAGUGUUGCUGCUCUAAGUUGCAUCAGACCGUUGACGCCGAUUUUUUUUUGUCUCCAUUGUAGGUAUUGAUACAGACGAGAUUGAUAGUAACGCAGAAGAGUUUGAAGAUGAGUCAGUGGAAUUCUUUAUUAAAGAGGAGAUUACCGAAGUGGAAGAGUAACCCCUCAGCCGAGUUUAUCCGUCGAUUUCCCACGAGUGAGAAUAGCGAGCGAUUUUUUUCUUAUUGUCACAAGUGAUAAAGAUAACCUAAGAGUUCGAAUUGAUCUGGAAUAUUUCAGGCUCAGUUGCGGCCGAUAAAGCUGGUGCCUUGUUUAAAUAAGAUAAACAGGCAAUUUUCAUUAUAUUAUAUUCGAAUUAUUUUCAAUAUUACCUUCGUAGCGUGUAGAGUGCUUUACCCUUAUUAUUGUCUCAAACUGCUCAUUUAUUGGCCAAUUGCACUUUGAUUUACCGGUAAAUUGUAAGUUUUAUCUGUAGCUGUAGAAAUGUCCACUAAGUGUUGUACUUUCUUGCCGAAAAGAGAGUUUCUUUUGCAGAUUUUACAUUGUGUCGUGGAACUUACAAUUUUCAACGUGAAUCGUAAUUUCACCUUUGCUUGUAGGGAAUUAAAAUGGUAUAUUAUGCGUUC